AUGUUUGAUAUAUGUUGAAGGACCCAGCUGUCUUCACAAGAGUGCCAAAACACUUAAGACAGUUCACAUCUACUAUUGGAGUUGGGAUUCAUGAUCCAGAAACUACUAUUUUGUAACAGAGACAACCAACACCCCUGGUAGCUAAAAGAAAAGCAACCCCACUCUUCCUUGAUGGUCUUCCGGCAAAGGAAUAACUGUGGCUGAUCCUGAUUAGAUUGGGCUAUUCAGAUCAUAAACGCAGAAAGCCCAAGUGUGUCAUUAUGGCAACUGAGGUCAUUCAGAUGGAAACAAAAUUCCAGCAGCAUCAAUCCUUUGAGAUGUCCAAAUCAGUGGAACACACAUCUCAGACCACCAAAAUUGUAGGAGAGGAGAUGGUUUCUAAGGAAUCUUCUUCUGUUGUGGAGUCCUUCAGCAUGGUCACCCUCUCAUUUGAGAUCCCUCCAGGAGAGAGCAUCCCAGAAUUUUUGGAGAAACCUCGUCCACUAACAGCUCCUGAAGGAGACAAAGCUGUAUUUCGAGCCAAAGUUCAAGGCAAUCCGAAACCUAACGUAACAUGGAAAAGGGAAAGUGGGAUCCCAAUAAAAGAAGGAUCAAAGAUGUUUUUCGACAGCAUUAAUAAGGAGUAUGUCCUAAAGUUAGAGAAUGUCACCUCAGAUGAUGCAGACAAUUACAAGUGUGUUGUUUCCAAUCCCCAUGCUGACAUCAUCUACACUGUGUCUCUGAAUGUAGCUGAAGGUCAAGAAAAGUUGGACUUCAAAAAAAUGUUGAAAAAAAGGGGGCCACCAGCACCAAAGAAAAAAGAGAAGAGGGUAGUUGAUGAGAAAGAAAUGUUGGAGAUCCUCUCCAAAGUACCCAAGAAGGAUUUCGAGAAAGUCUGCAUGGAAUAUGGGUUCACAGAUUUCCGAGGGCUCCUUAAAAAAUUGAAGGAGAUGAAGAAAAAAGUAGAAGUUGAGGCGGUACGAAUUCUGAAACCCCUGGAAGAUGUUUCUGUUAAAGUGGAUGCUACAGCAAUAUUUGAUACUAUCUUGGAACUCAGAGACCCCAAUACUAAGCUGAUAUGGUCAAAGGGCGAUGAACCUUUGCGUAUUCAGUAUUCUCUUGGGAAGUACGACACAAAACAGAUGGGCACCAAGUAUAUGCUCUACAUCACUAAUGUGAAUGAAAGUGACAUGGGAACAUACAAUGUUUUCGUAGGUGACACAAAGCUCUCAGCACAACUGAAAGUAAUAGAUGAGCCCUUGAGGUUUUUAGCAGACUUGCAGCCUUUGAAAAUAACUGAGAGGCAGACUGCUAUAUUUGAGAUUCGCCUGUCAAAGAAGGUGCCCAAUUUCACCUGGAAAUUCAAUGGGAAGGAGCUGAAGCGGGAUGACAAGUAUGAGAUCAUCUCAUCAGAAGAUGGGUUAACUCACACAUUGAAAAUUAAGGAUGCACGCCCAAGUGACGUGGGUGAAAUCAGUGCUGAAGCUGGACAAAUGGUAACAAAGGCUGCACUUUCCAUCCAACGCACUCCGAUUAAGUUUGUCAGGAAUUUGAAAAAUGUCCGAGUCAAGGAAAGGGGCAAAGCUUGCCUGGACUGUGAGCUGACUGCUAAAGAUGUUACUUUGAAAUGGAUGAAGAAUGGGAAAGUGAUUGAGAGAUCUAGCAAAUAUAACAUGACCCAUGAAGGGAAGAUGGCAGAGCUGAUUAUUGAUAAUACUGAACUGAAUGACUCAGGAGAAUACAUGGUAGUUGCUAUGCAAGAAAAUGACCCCACAGAGUACUACAGCAAUUGCAAUGUAACUGUGGAUGGAGAAGUGCAGGAAGGUGUGUGGUUAAAGGAUGGUAAAGAGAUAACAGAUAUGAGAGGAAUCCAGAUUGUCAAACAGGGUGCAGUCCAUAAACUGAUCAUUGACAAGAUGGGAGAACAGUUUGAAGGGAAGUACACCUUCAGAGCUAAAGGAGCUGACAGCGAGGCUACGGUCAGCAUUGCAGAUCCUCCUGUUAUUGAUCCAUCCAUUCUGGAAGCUUUUGCUGCACAUCCAGUGACAGUGAAAGCCAAGCAGACAGCCUACAUCAAGGUUCCUUUCAAGGCCAAGCCACUGCCCAAAGUUACCUGGUUCAAGGAUGGUAUUGAGGUGACUGAAGAAGAGAAGGUAGUGAUGGAAAGAACCAAUGACCAUGCGCUACUCACAAUCAAGGACUGUGUGAGGGAAGACAGUGGGAGCAUCAUGUUAAAACUGAAAAGUGAUUGCGGAACAGCCUUUGCUCAGUUGCAUCUCAAUGUUGUUGACAUACCAAAACCACCACAAGGAAAAGUGGAGUUCCUGGAGAAAUCAGGAAAGUGUGUCAAAAUGAAAUGGAAAGCACCCAAAGACAAUGGAGGCAAGCAAGUGACUCACUUUAUCAUUGAAAGAAGAAUAUCUGGGAAGAAAUCUUGGAUCAAAAUUGGAGAAAUUGACAGCAAACACACCACAUUUGCUACAGAUAAGGUAGAAGAAGGAAAGGCCUAUCAGUUCCGAAUCCUGGCUGUUAAUUCUGAGGGUCUGAGUGAGCCGCUGGAAACAGAAGAAAUUUUUGCUGGUGAUCCUAUUGAUCCUCCAGGGCAGGCCACUCAACCUCAAGUUUCUGAUGUCACCAAAGAAGCUGUCACUAUAACUUGGAAUCCUCCAGCACAAGAUGGAGGCUCCCCAAUAAUGGGGUACAUUGUGGAAAGAAGAAAGAAAGGCAGCAACCUGUGGGUUCCAGUGUCCAAAGAACUAGUUCAAGGUACUAAACACAAGGUGGAUGGCUUGUUAGAAGACACAGAGUAUGAGUUCCGUGUUAUAGCUGUGAAUCGGGCAGGGCCUGGACAUCCCAGCAGCGCUUCAACCUCAGUUGUGGCAAAGGAUCCCAUCAAGCCUCCUGGACUAGUGAAGGGCUUACAAGUCACUGAUUCUUCCAACUCAAGCAUUUCAUUGGCAUGGCAACAGCCAGAUGAAGGUGAUGCACCUUCAGGAUACAUACUAGAGAUGCGAGCUGAAGACACCAAGGAAUGGUCCAAGUGCACCAAAAUUCCAAUUUCUGGUACCAGCUACACUGUUGGAGGCUUGCAGGAAAGGCAGAAAUAUUUCUUCCGGAUUCGAGCAGUGAAUGAAGCUGGUGUAGGAGAACCGAUUGAAUUAAAGGAAGGAGUUCUGGCCAUGCCCCCUCCAGCUCCACCGAAGUUUGAUCUGAUGGCUAGACUGAAGAGUCACAUGGUAGUUCGUGCAGGGACUGCCCUCUGUAUUCAUGCCUCUUUUACUGGCUCCCCUCCACCAACUGUGGUGUGGCAAAAGGAUGGGAUUCCCACAAGGGGAAGGGAGAGCAUCACCAAAGGCAAGAACCACUCCCAGUUCCUCAUCCACAGCACCAAACGCUUUGAUACUGGACUCUACCGUAUCGUGCUCAGCAAUGACUAUGGGGAAACCUCCCAUGAUAUCCACGUGCAAAUAGCAGAUUUUCCAAGGCCUCCUACUAACCUGAACCUGUAUGAGGAGGUGCCUAACACUGUCUCUCUGACAUGGGAUCACUCUCCGGAUAUCAAAGAAGAUGGAGGAGCUCAUUAUGUCAUCCUGAAACGAGACACCAGUACUGCCACUUGGUUCACAGCAGCAGAGAAAGUUUACAGUAACAAGUACACUGUCACAGGUUUGCUUCCUGGCAGAAAAUAUUUCUUCCGGGUCUUUGCCCGCAAUGAUAUUGGUGAUAGUGAUCCUCUAGAUUCAAAGGAUUCCUGGCAUAUCAAUAAAGACAAAGAACUGUUCAGUGCCAAGAUAAAGGAAUACCAUGAGCGGGACUGGUGCCACGCCCCUCGAUUCAUCAACCCACUGAAAAACCAUGCAGUGCGCCGGGGCCAUGACUGUACCAUGAGUUGCGCUUUCUUGGGAAAUCCCCGUCCCGUGGUUACGAUAUACAAGAGCAAUGUCAACAUCACAGCCAGUUCUAAAUUCUGGUACAAUUCAACAAGUGGUGUCUGCACACUGAUGAUCCCCGCAUGCACUACCAAGGACAGUGGAGACUACUCCAUCCUGAUUGAGAAUGAACUUGGGCAGGAAAAAUGCAAUUGCACUUUGACAGUGUAUGAUAAAGACGAUAAGAGCCUCCUGGAUUCAGUGACUGAAAGCUUGCAGAAGUCAAAGCAUAUCAUGUGAGCAGCACCUAGCGAAACCUUAAUUUUGCUUAAGCACUAUAACUAGUGUGCCACCUGUAGCAAUUAUAUUACAUAAGAAAAGAUGGUGGUGAUUACCACUUUGUAUUUUUCUUAGGGAUAGCUGAUAUGUAGUUUUCUUCCAGAGCUUUGUGAUGACUGAAGGGUAAGAACCAGAAUUUUGUUAAUCCCAGCAGAACCUUCAAAAUAAAGAGAUGCUGUAUCUGA